AUGACUAUUCCAAUGUUUGUUCUAGCUUUUCUGCUACAAUGUUGCAUAAAUCUUAGCCUUUAUCAUCCCUUAGAUCCUCUCACCCCAGCUGAAAUCAACCAGGUAAAGCUUAUAGUUGGUAAGUCUAAGCUUGGUUCUCUUCCUAACCUGACAUUUCACUUCGUGGAUCUCGAAGAACCAGAUAAAAAAGAUGUUCUUAAUUGGUUACAUUCAAACAAGCAAAACAGGAAUGCUCUUUCUCGACAAGCCAAGGUGGUUGUUCGAGCGGGAGGUGAGACUCGGGAACUUGUUGUAAACCUGGUCUCUGGUUCAAUCAAAUCGAACCAUGUCUACACUGGUCAUGGUUAUCCUCCUUUCACUUUUAAUGAGUUUUUCCAGGCUAGCAAAUUGCCUCUGCAAUACUCCAAGUUCAAGAAUUCAAUUCUGAAAAGGGGUUUAAAUUUGUCCGAAGUUUCUUGUGUACCUCUCACUGUUGGUUGGUAUGGGGAAAAGGUCACAAAACGAGCUCUUAGAGUUACAUGUUACUACAGAGGAGGGUCGGUUAAUGUCUACGCAAGGCCCAUUGAAGGAAUUAGUAUUUUUGUUGAUGUUGAUUCAAUGCAAAUCACAAUGUACAUUGAUAGAUUCAGAGUCCCUUUGCCUAAAGCAGAAGGAACUGAUUUUCGAUCAAACCAGAAGGCUUAUUUUGUCACCUGUAACCUGACAGAAAAAGGGUUCAAAAUGGAAGGAAACAAAGUCAACUGGGGUAACUGGAAAUUCCACGUCGGAUUUGAUGCUCGGACAGGAAUUGUAGUAUCAACAGCUUCUAUUUUCGACGGAAAAACAAAAAAGUUCCGCCAGGUUCUAUACAGAGGUCAUGUGUCUGAAACCUUUGUCCCAUAUAUGGAUCCUGAAAGUGAAUGGUAUUUCAGGACUUUCAUGGAUAUUGGAGAAUUCGGGUUCGGACGAUCUGCCAGCAGUCUCCAGCCAUUGAUUGAUUGUCCAGAGAAUGCCAUGUAUUUAGACGGGUAUUGGGCAGGGGCAGAUGGAGAGGCACAGAAAAUGCAAAGGGUUAUCUGUAUAUUUGAAAGGUAUUCUGGUGAUAUUGCCUGGAGACAUGCUGAAAUCAAUAAUCCUGGAAAAGUGAUAAGGAGUGGGCAGGCGGAAAAAAGUUUGGUUGUUAGAAUGGUGGCUACCGUGGGAAAUUAUGAUUACGUACUGGACUGGGAGUUCAAGAAAAGUGGCACCAUUAAAGUUGGGGUGGAUUUAACCGGAAUUCUUUUGAUCAAAGGCAGUCCUUACACAAAUAACGACCAGAUAACGGCGAACGUUUAUGGCACGUUAGUAGCGGACAACACCGUCGCCGUUAAUCACGACCAUUUCCUCACAUAUUACCUGGAUCUUGACGUUGAUGGUAACCGCAACUCCUUUGUCAAGGCCAAACUACAAACGGCAAGAGUAACGGACUUUAAUGCUUCACCCAGAAAAAGUUACUGGAAGGUCGUUAAGGAAACCGCCAAAAAGGAAGCAGAUGCCCGUAUCCGGCUUGGCUUAGAGCCGGCUGACUUGUUGAUUGUGAAUCCAAAUGAGAAAACAAAGCUGGGAAACGAAGUGGGUUACCGGUUAAUACCUGGACAGCCGGUGAUUUCUCUAUUGGCAGAUGACGAUUAUCCUCAAAUAAGGGCAGCUUAUACCAAAUACCAAGUUUGGGUGACUGCCUAUAAUAAGUCAGAGAGAUGGGCUGGUGGGUUUUAUGCUGAUAGAAGCCAUGGAGAUGAUGGCUUAGCCGUAUGGAGCAAGAGGAACAGAAUGAUUGAAAACAAAGAUAUCGUUCUAUGGUAUACCGUAGGCUUCCAUCACAUUCCAUAUCAGGAAGAUUUCCCAGUGAUGCCAACCUUUCACGGUGGUUUCGAGCUCCGGCCUGCAAACUUUUUCGAAAGCAACCCAUUGCUUUAACAUGACUGUUCUGUAACAGGUCACGUAAAAUAUAAUUAAGAUUAAAAAAAUAACUUAACCACAGAAUAAUUCUUUUACCUCCAGAGAUUUCCUGCAUGUGACGUAUUUUUUACUUAAACAAA